AUGCAGGGAACCAUCAAUUUACACUGCACACCUAUUGAAGAAGUCAAAUCAUUUUGCUACUUAGGUAACCAUAAUAUAACGCAAGAUAAUAAAUACCCUACAGAAAUAAAGAGAAGAAUAGCUUUGGCGAAGCAAGCUUUCACUAAGAAACAAAAUCUUUUAACAAGCAGACACUUAUCAAUAAAAAUUAGAAAGCUUUUUAUUAAAAUGUAUGUUUGGAGUGUAGCGUCAUACGAUAGUGAGACAUGGACUUUAAGCACUCUAGAUAAAAGAAGAAUGGAAGCAUUAGAGAUGUGGACAUGGAGGAAAAUGAUGAAGAUUAGCUGGAGAGAAAGGAAAUCGAACAUAGAAGUGUUAAAUAUGAUAGAAGAACCAAGAAAAAUUAUCAAAAUGAUGGAAAUAAGAAAAGCCAAGUAUUUCGGACACAUUAUGAGACAUAACACGUAA